ACACCGAGAAGGAGAAGCUGGGUCUGAGAAGUACCGCUGACCUGGGAGGAGGCAGUGACAUGGGUCCUUCAGCUGCCCUGACCCCGGCUAUAUGGGAGAAAACCAUUCCCUAUGAUGGUGAGAGCUUCCACCUGGAGUACAUGGAGCUGGAGGAGUUCCUCCUUGAAAACAACAUCUCCUCCUCACCUGAUGCCUUGAAGGACGAGCUGAUUCCUCCUGAGGAGAUGAAGGUCAGCAGGUCAGCAGAUGUGUCUGCUGUGACCCUCAUGCCCAUUCAGGAGCUGGAUCAGAGUGAGGAGUUGUUGAUCGUCACGACGAGCGGCUCUGACGUCACAUGUGAAGUCGGUCCAGAGGUGGUCGUGUCCAAGCACAGAGCGACGCCCGUCGACCCAGACGACGUAGACGUGGAGGUGAACUACGAGCCCGAUCCCACAGACCUGGUCCUGUCGAGCGUUCCCGGGGGUGAUCUGUUUGACCCACGCAAACACAGAUUCACUGAGGACGAGCUCAGACCUCAACCUAUGAUCAAGAAGGCCAAGAAGGUGUUUGUCCCCGAGGAUCAGAAGGAUGACAAGUACUGGCAGAGGAGGACAAAGAACAACAUCGCUGCCGAACGCUCACGAGCCGCCCGCAGGCUGAAGGAGAACCAGAUCACGGUCCGAGCAGCUUUCCUGGAGCGCGAGAACACGGCUCUGAGGUCAGAGGUCGUCGAGUUACGGAAGGAGUGUGGUCGAUUCCGGAAUGUGGUCAGUCGCUACGAGGCUAAGUUUGGACCUCUGUAAGGACUCUUGAGGGAAACCAUUCAGACAGAACCAGCAGCACACAAUCGUACUGGUCCACACAUCAGAUCCACUGUAGUGCCUGGGGUCAGACACACGUUCCCAACAAGACAGGGGCUUUACAGAAAAUACAACGGCUGGUUCUAAACAUGGAACUUUGAGUUCUGCCAUCUUUUCCCGCCUGUGUUCAAUAUUCAGAACAGGAACUGAAAGAACUGGGUUCAAACUGGGACCGAAGCUCUCGGUGACUUUACCCGCUCAGGCCUACCUCAACCGGGUCAGCCAUCUCAGUGGGAUUUGCCCAGUUCAAUUAGGUUCAUAAAAUAAACACAAUACUUUAAACAUGUGGGCGCUACGCCUCACACUUGGGACUUCUCACCUGAAAAAGAACUGUAGCUCCGCCCACACAGAACAUGUGGUCUGCACCAUGUUUGGAUGCAACGUCUGGCUGCCGGAUCACACCACAGCCACGCCGUCUGAACGGAUUUAAUCCAGAUGAUCUUGUAGUUUUAGUUUGCAGCUGUUUGAAUGUUCAGUGACGUUACUGUCAUCUGUUCUGUGGUGAAAUGUUUCCGGUAUAACGAGUCCGUUCAUUUAAAACAAAUCCAGUAAACUCACUUCUGGCCACGUUGGGAUGGGUACUAUAUUUCUGUAAAAUAUUUUUGAUAAAAGAUCUGAAGAACGUGACAAUUAUUUUCUCAACUGAUAUAAAGGUUGGCCUUCUGUCAGGUUCUUUCAGUCCUGACCCCCUGAUUUCAAAGGUCAGAGUUCAUGAAAGGGUCAAAGGUCAAGUUUUAGUUCAAGAACCUUUCUAAGGUCUGAAUAAACUCACAAGAACUCAGACGGGAGAAAAACGAUUCAUACAAAUACAGUAGUCCCUCGCUGCUUCACACUUCGUUUAUCGCUGACUCGCUCUAUCGCGGUUUUUCAAAACAAUUCAGUUUAUUUCUAUAUCGCCAAAUCACAA